GUGUCAAGGGACUCAAGAGAGGACUUCUUGGAGGUUCCAGGUGACACUGAGGCCUUGGUGUUUUUAAACUGUGAGCUCCUGAACAGGAGGGGCCUUGUGGCCGUGUUUCCUGAUGUGCAGCUGAGUCUGGAUGACUCAAUUUCUUGGCCUUGGGCCUGGCUGCACUCUUUUUUAUGCCUGUCCCUAUUCUCUGUCCCCUCUCUGCAGGGGAUUUUCAUCUCCUUAACCACAACCAUGGACCUCCCCCAGGUCUGCCUUGGAGCCAGCAUAGAUAGGUCUUUUACAGGACGCACAUUGCUGUAUUUGUGGCCUUCUUUCUGUCCUCCCCUGGCCUCUUCUGGCCAUAUUUAAAUCUUUCCUUCCCUGCUUAAAAAAUUCCAAAACCAGUUCAAAGCAGAAAGACGAAUUCAGGAAAAAAAGUCAUUUAAAGGUGCUGAAGGUUUUUAGUGUGGGAGGGUUUUCGGGAGCAGGAUGCAGUUGGGCUGGACCUUGUUGGCUGUCUUAAGAUUCCUGUGGCCCUCCCAGGUUAAGCCAAGGAGCAGGCAUCCGGAGAUGCCCAGACCUGUGGAGAGGGCUGGGGAAUAGGGACCUUGGGGACAGGUAGUGGGAGUCAGGGUAGGAGGGAGGCUCCUAUUAGGCAUCAUCUGUCAUAGCAGUCCAUGAGGUUAGAAUAGAUGUGAUCCUUAAGAUGGAUCGCUGGGGCAGGAGGGAACCCAAGCCAAAGCCUAUAUACUACCACUCUAUACUUGGUGGUGGAAAAGCAGGGUGAAAUGAAACAGCAGAGACUCUGAACACCGAGCACUCCAAAGGCUUGAGGGCAUUCCCUGGUGGGUGUACAGUCCAGGCGUCCUCAAACUGCGGCCCACGGGCCACAGGAAGGGGUGUGAAUUGUAUUCGUUCCCAUUUUGUUUUUUACUUCAAAAUAAGAUAUGUGCAGUGUGCAUAGGAAUUUGUUCAUAGUUGUUUUUUUUUUUUAACUAUAGUCUGGCCCUCCAACGGUCUGAGGGACAGUAAAUUGGCCCCCUGUUUAAAAAGUGAGGACGCCUGGUACAGGCUCCUCACCCGGGCGGCCAGGACCCACCCGGCUUAGGGCCCGAAGAUUGGCUGACGGCCUAGGGGCGUGACAUGUGGGCGUAGCCUGACUGGCCUAGGCCCAGCCCUUCUCCGCCCCACCCCGCGCCGGACAGCGCCGCCAGGGGGCGCCCUCCAGAGAGCGUGCCCAGGCCGCGGCCUACGCUUGGCCCCUACAGGCCGCCGUCGCCGCGCUUGGCAUUCCGCCGCCGUUCGGUUGCGCGGCGUCGGCUCCCGCGGCUCUCAGCGGCGCCGCAGUCGGACUCCCGGGCUCCAGCCGGUCGGCAGCGGCGGUGAUGACUCCCUGAGCAGGCCGGGAGCAGGUAGCGGCGGGCGGGUGGGCGCCGCGGCCCAGGCCCGGGGUCGGGGCGGAGGCCUGGGUCGCGCCUCUUUGUCUCCACGGGCGGCGGCGGGUCCCCGGGCUCCUGGCGGAAGUGGAACGCGCUCGGCUCUGGGGCCGCGGCGGCCGCACCAUGAGCGACAUCCGCCACUCGCUGCUGCGCCGCGACGCGCUGAGCGCCGCCAAGGAGGUGCUGUACCACCUGGACAUCUACUUCAGCAACCAGCUGCAGAGCGCGCCGCUGCCCAUAGUGGACAAGGGCCCCGUUGAGCUGCUGGAGGAGUUCGUGUUCCAGGUGCCCAAGGAGCGUGGCGCGCAGCCCAAGAGACUGAAUUCACUUCAGGAGCUUCAACUUCUUGAAAUCAUGUGCAAUUAUUUCCAGGAGCAAACCAAGGACUCUGUCCGGCAGAUUAUUUUCUCAUCACUUUUCAGCCCUCAAGGGAAUAAAGCAGAUGACAGCCGGAUGAGCUUGUUGGGAAAACUGGUCUCUAUGGCUGUGGCUGUGUGUCGAAUCCCUGUGUUGGAGUGUGCAGCCUCCUGGCUCCAGCGGACGCCUGUGGUCUACUGUGUGAGGUUAGCCAGGGCCCUCGUGGAUGACUACUGCUGUUUGGUGCCAGGAUCCGUUCAGACGCUGAAGCAGAUAUUCAGUGCCAGUCCUCGGUUCUGCUGCCAGUUCAUAACUUCUGUCACUGCACUCUAUGACCUGUCAUCAGAUGAUCUCAUCCCACCUUUGGACUUGCUUGAAAUGAUCGUCAGCUGGAUUUUUGAGGACCCAAGGUUGAUUCUCAUCACUUUUUUAAAUACACCGAUUGCAGCCAAUCUACCAAUAGGAUUUUUAGAACUCACCCCACUCAUUGGAUUGAUCCGCUGGUGUGUGAAGUCCCCUCUGGCUUAUAAAAGGAAAAAGAAGCCCUCUUUAUCCAAUGGCCAUGUCAAUAACAUGGCUGCCAAGGACUCAGGUAUGGGGAUGGACAGAGACUCCCACCUCCUGUACUCGAAACUCCACCUCAGUGUCCUGCAGGUUCUCCUGACGCUCCAGCUGCACUUAACUGAGAAGAAUCUUUAUGGGCGUCUGGGGCUGAUCCUGUUUGACCACAUGGUCCCAUUGGUAGAGGAGAUCAACAGGUUGGCAGAUGAACUUAACCCCCUUAAUGCCUCCCAGGAGAUUGAGCUCUCACUGGACCGGCUGGCACAGGCUUUGCAGGUGGCCAUGGCCUCGGGAGCCCUACUGUGCACAAGAGAUGACCUGAGAACCUUGUGCUCCAGGCUGCCCCAUAAUAACUUGCUCCAGCUGGUGAUAUCGGGUCCAGUGCAGCAGUCGCCACAUGCAUCGCUCCCCCCUGGGUUCUACCCUCACAUCCACACGCCCCCGCUGGGCUACGGGGCUGUGCCGGCCCACCCUGCUGCCCACCCUGCGCUGCCCACGCACCCCGGGCACACCUUCAUCUCGGGGGUGACAUUCCCCUUCAGGCCCAUCCGCUAGGCCCAUCCCCGUGCACAGCCAAGCGGCAAUGUGCCUUCUGUGCCUGGGCUGGAGGCAGCCUUCCGAGAGGGGUGACUGGCACCACAGGAGAGGACCUUGGGGAAGCAGCUGGGUCGCCCCUCCUCGCCAGCGCAACCAUCUUGGUGCAGCAGUUCUGAGUCGUCGCAGUCCAGGUGCCUCCUACCUGGUCACAUUCUUAAAAAUCCAGAUUGGAUGGAUGAAAGGAAGAACGCACAGCCCUCUAGGGAGAGUGUGCUGCGGGUGUUUUUUAAAAUAAGCCAAUUCUGUGAGCCUUUGUUCUCUUGCGUGUCAUUUCAGACACACUCUGAGCCUGUGCUGUGAGGAAUACCACUGGAGGAGCCACGUUGCGGGUCCACUUGUCUGGCCUCUCGUGAAGGCGCCGCGUCCCCCCAGAAAUGUGGGCUCUUUCUGCAGUGCUGGAGCUCAGAGCUGAAGUGUCUGACGUGACCUUGUGUGCGGCGCUCAGCACCGCUCAGGGAAGCCUCGCAGGAUUUCCCCUCACCUUGGGAAGGAACUUCUGUUUUAUUGGGGGUCUCUAAAUUUUCCUAUGUUCAAAUAAAAUUUUUCUAAACAGUU